AACAAUUUAAUGUCAUCUGCGUGGAAAUUUUGAAUCCAUAUGCUAUUUUUUAUAUAGGCAUGAAGACAAUAAGUGUUUUUGUAUUUUUCCACUGGUUGUUGAUAAUAGUAGGAUGGUCCUUUCUACAGGCUGUCAGGCCGUAAAUACAGCGCCAGAAAUAAUGACAAUGGAGCUGAGUUUAUCGGUCCCCACUGAGAGCUACUGAGAGCCGUGUAACGCAACCCCACGUUUGACCAGGAAGAAAGCUGGGCGGGUAGGAUAACGACAGAACGCAGGAAGGAGCCAUUCGGAAGAAUGAAGUUAUGACUUUAAUAUGGCUGAUCAGGGUCCGUUUUUAACUUCGUGUAUUAUUUUCUAUCUGUCCAUCGGGGCCGCGAUAUUCCAAAUUCUCGAAGAGCCAAAUUGGAAAGCAGCCAGAGACGAAUAUCUCCUACAAAAGGAAAAUAUUUUGAAGAACCAUGCCUGCUUAACAAAGGAAAGUCUGGAUGAAAUUAUAGAGAUAGUGUCACGGGCUGCGGGCCAAGGUGUGACCAUCACUGGGGACAAACAGCGCAAAACAUGGGACUGGUCGAACUCGGUCAUCUUUGCUGCCACCAUUGUCACCACUAUUGGUUAUGGUAAUGUUGCUCCCAGGACUCAAGGUGGUCGUGUAUUCUGCAUCCUGUAUGGUCUGUGUGGGAUCCCCCUGUGUCUGGUAUGGAUAAGCGAGCUGGGCUCCUUCUUUGGAGACCGGGCUAAACGUCUGUCCCAGGUUCUGAUCCGUAAAGGCGUUUCAGUGAAAAAGGUCCAGUUAACCUGCACAGUCCUGUUCUUGUUAUGGGGGCUGUUCGUGCACCUGGUGAUCCCUCCAUUUAUUUUCAUGUCUCUGGAAGGAUGGAGCUACCUGGAGGGCUUCUACUUCUCUUUCAUCACACUCACAACGGUUGGUUUUGGAGAUUAUGUGGCAGGUGUAAAUCCAAACAUUGAAUACCCCAGACUGUACAGAGUGUUUGCAGAGUUAUGGAUUUACAUGGGCCUUGCCUGGCUGUCUCUGUUCUUCAGCUGGAACGUCCACAUGGUUGUGGAAGCCCACAAGGUGCUUAAGAAAAGACGACACAGGCACAGACAAUUGGAACCCAAGCCUGUGGAGGAGAAGCACAACCCAAAAGUAAGACCAUCUGUCAUCGACAUCUUCAACUUUCUAUCAGAGAAGGAGGAAGACUACAGCACCGUCAUCAAGAAAAUUGGAACCUCGGCAUAUAUAAGAAAGCCUGCAGAGAGCAUAAAUCGCUCCAAGAGCUGCAGUGACAUCUUGGCCACCGACAUCCAGACCCUGGAUCACUCGCCUCGGCAGAGGCGUGUGCUCAGCGUCAGUCAAUUGUUCAUAAAGCCAGAGGCUGUCGUGGAAGAAGGUGAACACGAGGCGCGUCCUCAAAUACAAGAAAGCGACGGAGACACUAAACCUGCAGAAUGUGUGAGGACAGAUAAUCAGGAGAACAAGGACAGUUGUGCAUUUGAUUCAGAAGCUGCUGGUAUCUUAUUCACUGUACCGACCAAAGGUGUGAAAAAGAAAAGGGUACAGCAUCCUGGUGGUGGACGGACUAGGUUUACCACAACAAAGGUUGCAGAGGAAGAUUUGUUAUCGGAUAAAGAUGAAAAAGGGUAAAAGAUGUUUUCUAAAACGUCCAUUUCCUUUACCAAAAUUGUUGCUGUCUUGUGUGAGUUUUAUAUGAAAAUAUUAUAAAUGCUGUUAUUUUUCAAGAAACAUGGAUACACAAUGACAGUUAGAUGGUUUCCUGUGUUGAAAUGACAUGGGCCAGUGUCUGUAUCAGGUAAAAUAGGACUCUUCUUUUGCAAA